AUGGCUGAAUUUACGCCUCUUCUGUUGACUUUGCCCUCGUUCACCCCUUCGCUUGCAGUUGAGGUUCUGCCUCACGGUUUGACCAUUCAUCGUUUCAUCAUACAAGCUGACGGUCGAACUCACGACAUCGUGGUAGGCCCAGAGGCACCUGAAGACCACACCACGCAGAAGUAUACUAACACGAUCAUUGGUCGUUACGCGAACCGCGUGCCUACAGGAACACAUAAACUGCAGCGGAAUGGAUACGAAGGUGUUCUUGUCGCUCAGGCAAACGAAAGUGCCAGGGUAUCGCUGCACGGCGGUCCGAUCGGAUUCGAUUCACUCCCAUGGACACUCCUUUCUGCAGAUAUGCCGCCUACACUCUUCUCCAAGGCGGAACUCGGACAUUUUUCGGGGGAAGAGAAUAACUCACAUGCUGUAUUCCGUCUAGUAUCUCCGGACCGCGAUCAAGGCUAUCCAGGCGAGCUUACUGUUGAGGUUUUGAUUGCCCUCCUUGCUCCAUCGGAGUCUCAGGUGGCGGAGGCGGGCAAGGAACUCAAUUUAGGGAGCCUAGUGUACGUGUACAGAGCAAAGGUGAACAAGGACGUGACUCCAGUCAACUUGACGCAGCACUGGGGAUUCAAUCUCGAUGCUAGCAUGAAAGAGCGACCGGGAUCUGACGUCAAGAAUCAUUAUUUGACCUUGAAGGCCGACCGGAUCGUCCACCGAGAUUCGGAUAGUCUUCACAGUGGGAACUAUAUUUCAGUCGCAUCAGCACCUGAGCACAAUCACUCCGGAAAGAAGAUUGGCGACAAGUAUCCCGAACCGGGUUAUGAUGACUUCUAUGUCUUUGAAUCUCGACCCAUCGAUGUUCCCAAGCGCGUACCAAUCUCAACGUUCUCGGAUGAUUUUGACCUCGUCAAGGGCAUCAUUACACCUUCCAACGUUCAUUCCCCUGUUGCCCUACUUUCGUCUGAAAUCUCCGGAUUGAGCUUGGCGUUUGAUACCAAUCAAUCUGGGGUAAUGUUUUAUACCAACAUCGGUGCAGCUCCGGAAAGAGAUGCCAGGAAGAAGAUACAUGGAGGGUCUGGACUUAAAGGCGAUGGCCUAGCUCCCGGAACUGCGGCAUUCCUCGAAUUCCACGACGUCCUGAGUGCAUUCCUAGAACCUUCGAACAAAGAUGGAGAGGAUGGCCUACUAACCCAGGAUGAGUUGUAUAAUAACUACGUCCGUUGCGACGUGCGGUUCAAGGCGCCGGCGAAAUGA